ACGUAAGCGUCGCCGCGUAAUUGCGCGAAAAGCUCCGCAAAUACGGAGCUUUCGUACGGGAAAAGGAAGGGUAAGUAUCGCUCCCCACCUAAGCGACCUCCCGCUCAUUCGCUGACUAGCGCGCGCGGCGAGCGCACGUCUCCGCUCCGCGUACUCAUUCCCGCGCGCGAUCGCGAAAAACUUUUACCAGUGCCGUGACAUUACGCUGAAAAUGAGCAUUUUGUGCCGUGACUUUCAUUGAAACUAGUGCCGGACUAAUCGACCGUAAGAGUGUUCUGAAGAGGCUAAUUACGAGUUGGUAGACUAAUUGGCCGGGCCGGCGUUUCAUGAAGUGCGAGAGGCGAACGCCGCAACAGGCGAGCGGCAGUCCCGGGCUGGGCGUGCAGAUGCUCGCCAUGGAGGUCAGCAAGGAGGCGCGCGCGUCGCCGCUGCCUGCGGCCGCACAGACGCCCACCAACGGCCAGACGCAGCCGCCGCAGCCGCAGAUAUGCGCUGGCUGCAGCAAGGUGAUCACAGAGCGCUACCUGCUGAAGGCCCUGGACCAGCUGUGGCACGAGGACUGCCUGAAGUGCGGCUGCUGCGACUGCCGGCUCGGGGAGGUCGGCCACACGCUCUACACGCGCGCCAACCUCAUACUCUGCAAGAGGGAUUAUUUGAGGCUAUUCGGCAACACAGGCUACUGCGCGGCGUGCAACAAAGUGAUUCCGGCAUUCGAGAUGGUGAUGCGGGCGCGAAGCAACGUCUAUCAUCUCGAGUGCUUCGCUUGUCAGCAGUGCAAUCAUAGGUUCUGCGUCGGCGACCGGUUCUAUUUAUGCGAGAACAAGAUUCUCUGCGAGUAUGACUACGAGGAGCGGCUGGUGUUCGCCAACAUGGCCUACAACCCGCCGCCGCUGGCGCACCUCAAGCGGCAGACCACGCACCUCCCACCGCCACCGCAGACAAGCAACGCAAUGGGGCUGAUGAACGGCUCGUCCCGCUCAGGGGACCUGAACAACAAUAUGUCAGGGUCCUCUCCUGCCCCUUUUUCGGCGCCUCCACACCUCAAGCCCCUCGGCCUGUCUGCGCCCAGCUGAGAUUAUCGCGCGUGAGACGCGGCCCACCCGUACGCUAAGUACCAAAACUAAGCGACUAUUGCGGACUAGUUUGGACUACCACGUUAUUACAAUUGGACUAUUACAGACUUUAUGGUGACCAGAUAAUUUGCAAGUGUGGAUAUUAAAACUCAUGUCUAAUAUUUAAAAAAAGUGCGAAGGACAUACCUAAGUAUAAUGAACUGAAGUGGAACUUAAAAUCAAUGUUACAAUAUGCAAUCAAUUUAUGCAAUGACUUAAAUUGUAGGUAGAAAAUUGAUUGUUAAGGUAAUGUUGUAGAUACCCGUGGUAGUAUUUACUUUCUGACACCAAGCUGAUCUUAUUACUGAUUUGGGUAGGUAAGUACCCUAUAUACCAAUGCACAUUAUUCGAUGUAUCAAUGUAAUUAAAAACAAAGUAUAUGCCAAAUUGUAGGAGAAAGCGUCACUGUUUCGUAACCUAGAAUCAUAAAAACGGAUUUGUAAGUACUUGAAACUAUUCUGAACAUGACAGUAGUUUAUUUUUUUUGUUAUUCUGGUAUUUUAUUCUGGGUAGGUAAUUAAUUGAUGUUGCCCUCCAUUUAAUAAAAAAAAAUCAAAUUAUUUUAACAUGGGUGUAGUUACGUCAAUCAAAAUAGAGAUAAUAAUAUCGAAUUAUAUUUUUUCUUUUCAUUAAUUUGAUCUCAUACAUGCACCGCUAAAUUAGUGUAGUUAUAAGCCAUUACUUCGAAAAUAUAUAUUACAUAUUUUAGUUUUCUUUUAUUCAGUUCAAUAUAAUUUUGAUUAUUACUGUGUAAAUGUUCCUCUUGUAAGCUAACGUUUAAAACAAGCAUAGGUUGUUGUCGCUUUGAUAAAGAAAACUUGGCGUAGUACACUCGGUUAGUUUUUAUUACUAAUUGAAAUAAUACAAAUAAAGUGAACAUUGAUCCAGCUGUCAACCAGCCCCUUGCCUUUCUGUACCACCUUUUUAGAUUAAUACUCUAACGUCGAUAUUUUAAAAUUUUGGGAACACUGUGAAAUGGAGGAGAAUCAAAUAUAUGUAACUGUAUAGUUAUUGUGUCAAAUUGUAUGUAUAUAUUCUAGGUACUUAACACAAUCUCUUUGUUAACAUGUAAGUACGGUAAAAUGUGCCUACUUUGCUCCCCACUGGGUAAUUUUAUUGUGCUUCAACUGUUUUUAUAUAAUAUGAAAACUAUAUCACAACCUCAUUUAAGUGCUACAACAUGAUAGUACUUAGUGAUGGUCUACAAUAAUCUACAUCAAAACGGCAAAUACAUAUAUCAACAUAUCUGCCACAAUAUAUGUAUUAAUUUUAAAAGUUAAAUUAAUUUUCGAAUAUUGGAGUAAAGUAGGCAGCUUAGGGUUACCUUUAGUGCCAUAUAAGCAAAAGAGUCCCAAAUUAAACAAUUAUGCUAGCGAUCAAAAUAAUUAAGUUUGUCCUUUAAAAAAUACGAAUGAUUGUUUAAUUGAACUAAGAACUGUUCAAUGAUUAAAUUAAUAUUCAUAGAUCGAGGAAUCUCAUGGCUAAGCCGAAAAUUUUAGUUUUUUUAAUUACUUUGUUAUUUCGUUUUGUACCUAUAUUGUAUAUUAAAUGUUAAGUUUACUAUCUCUACUAUGAACAUUGUUAAAAUGUUUGUAUUAUUUAUGUACAUAAAGUAUUAUUGUAAGUAGACUAUUGUACUGUAAUAAAGUGAUCAUUAUUAAUGAAUUAAAUAGAAAAAAGUCAAAUAUGUGUAAAAUAAAAUAAUAUGUCUAGUUCAAACAAAAAUAGUUUCUUUAGUAGGUAAUGUGUUUAGGGAUAAACCGCAAAUAUUCACAUCGAUUCUUGUUUACCUGUUUUUAUGCCAAUCAGUUAUUUCUAAGAUAACACAAAAAGGUCCGAUUAGGGC